AGUGUUUUCAACAUUGAGACACGACUCUGUUUGUGUGAGGAAUGAGGAAAGUUGUACUUUAAGCUCUAGAUACCGUCAAGUAAAUGCCAUCAAACCUAUUGAAUAACGCGUUUAAACUGACCCAAUACACGUCCGCGCCAAAGGUUUCUUGUAGACAUUACGUCACAGUUAAUGUAUUUUCUUUGCUUAUCUCGCGUCGCUCAUAAAAGUCUCUUGACACUGCGCUUGCAAACAAAUACCACGUGAUCACAUUUUACAUGAUUAACCCCGAUUGAUUUACAAGCAUGAAGCGAUCAGAACACUAUCAUUGUUUAUGGUCCCAUCAAUGCAUUUAAAUUGAAGAUCAUUGAUAAGCAUGAAGCAACGCUCGUUUGUAUUUCGCUCAUCUGACGGUUGCUGUAUUUGGAUAUGUGAUGCAAAUAUAAACGUUUGCUCGUUGGUACACAAUGCUCAAAGUGCAACUCAAAUGGAUGCGUGGGGAUAAAGUUCCCGCUGAGCCUCUAAUGGGAUGAAUAACUGCAUGUAUACGUUAAGCCACUGCAGCUCGACGCGUUGAGCAGGAGGCGGCGCAGAGGACGGAUCAUGUCCAAAUGACGAACGUUAUUUUUAAGCAGAAUUCCCGACUGUCUGCCGAAGAGAUUCGGCCAUGCGUCCGCUUUCGGCUCGUUAUUGGUGUGAACGAAUGCAUAAACGAGGCGUUGCGGGCAUUUGUUAGCCAAUACGGACCCGACAUACGCUUCGAUUAGGAUAAUGUCUCGUCGCGUUGUCAUGUAUUCAUGAUUUUCAUAGCUCUGAUUCUUUCUGCUCUUCCACGGGGAAUGAGUAACCCCUAUGCGCUCAUUGAAGGAGGCGGGUAUCUGACAGACAUCCGGAAUCCAUCGCGGAAUCCCACAGCUGCAUCAUCGCGAAUGAGAGCCUGCGCAGCGCGCUGUUGGAUUUUACAACGCACGUCGUGAUGUGAUGGCCGCGCAGCUAUUUUGCCAUCCUCGGCGCUGUUUAUGGGGAAUUCUGUGUGAGACGAUCUGAUAUUUCGUGCCUUUACUGAUACACGUUUUUUGGUAAUAUGGCCGAUCAGAGCAACAUCCAGUCAGCCGCUUCCAAAAGCAUCAGGCCGUUCAAAUCGAGCGAGGAAUACCUGUAUGCUAUGAAGGAGGAUUUGGCCGAAUGGCUGAACGCGCUGUACGAUCUGGACAUCACGGCGGACACUUUUAUGGAGGGUCUCGAGACCGGUUGCGCGCUCUGCCGGCACGCCAACAACGUGAACCGGCGCGCCCAGGAAUUCAAGGAGAACUAUCCGGACGCGGCGCGGUCGUUGCGGAUUCCCAGCAAGGAUGUGGUGUUCCAGUCCAGGAACGUCAUACCCGGGUCAUUUUUGGCCAGGGACAACGUGUCGAACUUCAUCGCCUGGUGCAGACUGGAGCUUUGGAUCAAAGAUGUGCUCAUGUUCGAGACCAACGACUUGGUGGAGAGGUGCAACGAGAAGAACUUCGUGCUCUGUCUGCUGGAAGUGGCGCGUCGAGGGGCCAAAUUCGGCAUGCUGGCACCCAUGUUGAUUCAACUUGAGGAGGAGAUCGAGGAGGAGAUACGGGACCAGGAGAACCUGACGGAGUCGCUGGGGGAGUCGAGCCCGCCGAACAGGACGUUUAGUCGGAAGAAGAGCAUUGGCGAGCCCGAUCCAGAGCUGGUGGCCCGCUGGCAACAGCAGCAAAAGAGGGUUCUGCUGGAUAUGCGCAACUUGGACGAGCUGGUGCGGGAGAUUCUGGGCCAGUGCUCCUGUCCAUCACAAUUCCCCAUGACCAAAGUCUCUGAAGGGAAGUACAAAGUGGGCGACUCCAGUGCACUCAUCUUCAUCAGGGUGUUACGGACUCAUGUGAUGGUACGUGUGGGUGGAGGUUGGGACACCCUUGAGCAUUACCUCGACAAACAUGAUCCUUGCCGCUGUGCUGCCUUCUCCCACAGGUAUCAGCAGGCAAAAGCGUGCGGCCAGGGUCAUCACAGCAAGAGCUCCAGCGCUCACUCGUCACGCUCCACAAGCCCAGGACCUCACUGGCGCAAUGAGGGGAUAGCACCCUACAAAACCACUGACAGACGCUCCUUGGAUCCUGCCUUGGGCUCUACGGCACACUCCUCGCCAUCACGGCCUGGCAGGUCGCAUCAUGCAGUCGUACCUGUGGAGGUGGACACAGGGCGACCCACAGCGCUCCUGCCUCGGCCACCGCGAGACAGAUCAGAACCACGUCACUUUAAUCCUCUCAGGAACAAGGACUCCCUUCUUCAGAUUACCCGCAGGCUUUCUGGAGAUAGCGACUCCUCUACAGCCUCCUCCAAAGGUGGAGGAGGUAGCACAGGAGGAGGUCGCUUUUCUAUGGGCACACGGCAGGCUCACGGAGAGGAGGUGGUGCUGCUGGUGAACCGCAAGGAAGGGAAGCAUCUUAUUGAGCGUCCUGCACCAGGGACGCAGAUUGCAGCUGUGAGAAUGGCUCAGACCCGCGCCCGCAGCACUUCCAGAGAGCGUACUGCGCCUCAGUCAGGCUCCUUACUGAAACCUAGUCCACCGAAGGCCUCAGCCGAGGUACACCGUACACCCCGCACGCCCGAGAGAGGCAGAUCCUUGGGACCCGAAGGUCCAAGGAGGCUCCAGGCUCCACGCUCCCUCAGCCAGGGCAAGACACCUAGAAACCGUCUGGGUGAGUCAAGUCCUGGAUCAUCUCCUCGUCACAGAGACCCUCAGCCUCUCUCCAUGGAUCGGAGAGAGGAACUGAGGCCCAAGCACUUGCCCCAAACAUCUUCAAGAAUGAAUGGAAGCUUGCCCAGAAGACAGACAUCUGCCUCCGCAUCUAACUCACCUGUGAAAGGAAGUGCAAGCGGUAGUCCUGGAAAGAAGGUGAUGGUAAUGCCAAAACCCCCGGCUCCUCGCUCACCUUCCUCCGGAAGUCGCAAACUGCUUCCCUCUGUCUCACAGGCAGGGCGGCACUCUCCACAUUCUUCCCCACGAUCAAAUCUUCACCAUACACCACGUUCCCCUCGAAACAUGCACAAUUCGCGAUCCACAGGAAGAGAACAAAAAGCAUGGGUAAGUCCCCACCACCAACAGCAGGAGAGCCAGGGUGAUGGAGGCAUUUUGAGUUUGCACCUUCUGCCAAGUCUGGACCCUCAACGGGAGCAAGACCUGUAUCGCAGUUUUGAGGCUGAGUUUCUGGCCAAUACGCAGCAAUCCAGGGCGGGGCAGAGCAAAUUAUCCAGUAAUGGAAGGGAAAUCGGGUCCGUUCCGAAUCCUGUUGCCCAGCAGGGUGUAGGGUUGCUUCCGAUAUCCACAGGUGACGCUAAUGUUACAGACUCAGCCUAUUCUUCAUCGAACUCUUCAACAUCUUCUCUCAACAUUGGAGGCAAGGUAGGAAUGCUUCCUGAUUUACGAGAGUCUAAACGGACUAACCCACGUGCCUGUGCACUUGAGGAUCCUCCUACCCUCCUCCACAAUCAGAUUCGGGGGGGCUUGCCCAAUGGUGGGCUCCUGGAGGGAGAGAGAUGGGCCGGACGAGGCGGAGCUCUUCGCAAGCUUCCCGCCAUCUCCAGCUCCGUAGAGGAAGGAGAUCUCCCGCUGUCUAUGUGCAACCCCAUAAAUCUCACUGGGAGUUUACCGGUACCAAUGGACAGCCAGCAGGACCUGGUGGACUGGGCUGGUGUGGAGGGAGAUGUCCCACAAACCAAACAUCAACCUGAUUUACAAUAUGACCAAAGCGCACUCCCAAAUGGUGACAUACCAGAGUCAUUUCCCUCCCCUCCACCACCUCUGGAUGACUGUUCCUACCAAGAUUCCUCUAGUGAGAGCUCUUCAAUGUGUUUCAGCCUGAGUGAACCUCCAUCUGAGGGAUCUUGCACACCUCCUUUACCCUUGCCUAAUGGAGAUACCGAUGGUGCGGUGGUUCUUCGAGCAAAACGGAGUCAAAAGAAGGCAGAGAGGGUGCCUUCCAUCUACAAGCUCAAGCUACGUCCACGGAUAAGACCUCGAACUGACAACAGACCAGAGAACAGCCCGUCGCGCAUUCCUACACCUGUGCAAUACAGAAAUCAUUAUCAGUCUCCUUCCAAUUCUUCUCCCCUCCAGACUCCACCACAGUCCCCACGUUCAAACAGUCACCAACCUUCACACAAAGCGCUGCACCAGGCUUUUGCAGACCUUAUUCAACCCCAGCAGCGAUCUCCAGCUAUGGGCUCUAGAGAGUGUGCUUACUCUUCAGAGACCAGCCUUGACCAGGAGGCCUGGAUGUGAAGUGUGGUGAUGUGAAUAAUGAUGAACACAGGCAACUGACUACAGCUUGGAGUUGGAUUGAAGAGGAGUGUUUGAAACACAAAGCACAUUUAUAAUGACUAGAAAACAAUGCACAUCUGAUUGUGGUUAACAUGUAGCAGGAUGCUGGAAUCAUAACCGUCGAUUCACUGGAGACAUAAGUUUGUCCACAAAGUGGAACAUUACAAACAUAAUUUUUGACCAUUUUGUCUCCUCUCUAUUACCAACACCACAUGCACUAUGUGUAAUUUCAUUUAUCGAAUCAUCAUUUUUGCAUCUUUACUUUUCUAUUUUGAAAAGUAAAUUGCUGCAUUUCCUAUCAAAGGAAGAUUUGUUGUUUGAGUGAAUAGGUUUUAUUCAAAGCAGCGCUGUUGGUUCUGGGCUGUUAUGUUCUCAUUUCUAAAUUGGUUCCACAACAACACAUUGUAACUGUUAUUGUUUAGUUUUCUUAAGAAGGUGAUAAAGUGUUAAACGUUUAUUCAGGGAACCGUAAUUUACAGAUUAUUCUUUAAUCUGGUCAAAAUAAUAGCAAGCGCUAGAGCAAACUAGAAAAACAUCAAAUACAAUUUUAUGUACAUCUGCUAGCAACAUGGAGUGUCUAUCUGAAUUUUUCAGCUCUAUGUGGGAUCCAAAAUGGCAAGACAGUUAAAUAAGAUUUUUUUAUUUAGCCCAUGCUAAAUAGGACAUAUCAACACCCCCUCUUCUGUUGUUUCUAUUCAUCCUAAUUGGAUGACAGGGCAUAAUUCAUAAUAUUAUAUAGACUUGCUUAGUUUGCAAAAAAAUAUGGCACCCGUGUUAAUAUUUGUGUAAUAUGUACAAACUGAAAUGGUUAAUGUAUAGGUUCAUAUGUAAUAUAUGUUAAUUUGUUUGUUUAAUGUACAUAUAAUAAUUGAAUUUAAGGCAGGUGGAUUAAAUGUAUGCUGUUUAUUUGAGUGUGAUAAUUCUGCCUUAGCUAUGCAAUGUUGCUAUUGAAUGCCUUGACAAAUCUUCUUGCCUUAAAGUAAGGAUGAGAAGUUGUGUUGGAGGGGUCCUGUAUGUGUGUUUAUCUGGGUGGGCAAGUCUGUGAGUGUUUAAGAUGUUGAUGGACCCUCUGUUAACUGUGAGACAGCCAAUCAUAGAUAGAUAAGGUAACAGAUUUAUGCUUUAUCAGCAUUUCUUUGUAAGUCUCUUGAUUGAAUCAGAAAGAUCUCUUGAUUUAUGUGGAGGUGAGAAAUGAAGGAUUCUUCGUUUUAUGAUUGCUCAUAUCAGUAGGGUGUUUUAAGUGGAAAUCACUACAGACUGUGUAUAGAAAUGGAAAUCAUUCUAAAUAAGCCUGAGUCACUUUUAUUGUAAAUUUCACCUUGAGUCCAAAACUGUACAAUGACUGUUAUUCCUGCCACUGUCAGUUUCUAUUAAAGCUCUGUGGCGCUACCAAGUGGCCGAACGAAUUCCACACAUAACACAGCCAUAGCUGUGGAUGUGCUGAAAACGUCAUUUCCUUUGAGUGAACUCUGUUACUUGACUGCUAAUUUAUAUAUUGAUGAGGAUGCUAAGGAUGACAGUAUAAAUCAUUUUAUAAGUUACUUAAAUCCUGUUUAACUACACUACAUCAUACUGUUAUAGAGUGGAUUGUUAAAUCUUUGGGCUUUGGUAAAUGAUUCUGAAGUGUUUUAUAAAGGGAAUAUGUUUUAUGCUUUUGAAUAAAUGGAUAAUUUGUUAAUGUUUGGUAAGUUCUCUUUUGAAGGCUGUACACAGCUGUGUAGUCAUGAGUGUAAGUGUUUUAUUGAAAGAUGAUCUGAUGUUUGCUCUCUCACUUUUUUGCCCUAUCGAAAGAGGGUUUUUUUGGGUUUGGAUUUCAGUGUUCUGUUCUGCCUAAAGGACUGCAACUAAAAUUAUAACAAUAUGUAUGACCAUGCAUACUCCACCUACUGUAUAAAACCUGCAUUACAGUGCAUAUAGCUUCUGCUGUGGCACUUUAGGACAAUGUCAAAUUUCACACCUUGGAACAAGGAUUGUGGAGCUUUCUGCAGUCUUUCAGAUAAUAUUAAUGGUUGCUGUGCCUAUAUUACACUGUAGUCAAGCAAACACAUAUACACACUACAUAGCCAUUAAGUUCAUCUUUCCGGUAUAAUCAUUCGCCUGUACAGUUGACUCCUUUUGAUCGUCAUUUGUGUUUUCUCUUGUUUUUCAACGAAAACAGGUUCUUCUCUGCGAUGAUAUUUAUUGUGGGUUUGGAAAUCACAUUUACAAAGUUUGAAAUAAUUUAUCGCAUGGAUGGGUUUUGUUGAUCUGUAUUCAUUCUUGACAAGAAACGACAAGCGUGUAGAUCCACAUGAUUAUUUACCUGAGCAAAACCUGAAAUCUGACUUUCACUGUACAGAUGUGAUCGACAAAAAUGCAUCUUGAAUCGCUGUCAUGGCUGGUUGAUGAAAAGAAUGUGGAUUGAUCUAAAUGUUUAUGGAAUCACUUUAAUUUCUACAAUUCACUUAUUUUAUUGAUUAUUUCUAUUUGUUCAAUGUUGACAAUGAAAUGUAAGGUCUUGACAUUGUGGAAUUUGUCUGUGUUGAUUAGCAAUAUUGCAAGACCAACAUUCCACUGUUCCCUGACAACCAAUUGCUGUUUAUUUAAUUCUUGUAAUAAAUUUUUUUGGGAUGAAA